AUGGCCUCAGUCGAUCCUACAAUCGCUUCUCUUAUUGCACAUGUUGCUACUGCCAAACACGCUUGGGAAAUUCUUCAAACUACUUAUGCCAACAAAUCCCAGUCACGUAUCUUCAGCAUGCGUGACACUCUUGGUAAUCUCAAACGAGAUUCACGCUCUAUUAGUGAGUACAUGCAGGAUAUUAAAUCUAUUUCGGAUGAUCUUGCAUCUAGUGGCUCACCUCUCUCAAAUGAGGAACUUGUCAUCAAAAUCCUAAGUGGUCUAGGAUCUGAGUAUAAAGGACUAUUUGUUGCUAUAAGGGAUCGAGAUAACCCAAUAUCGUUUGAAGAGCUCUAUGACAAAUUGCUUGCGCAUGAGAUGUUUAUUAAAAACUUGGAGCCAAAGCUUGAAAACCCAAUCAUCACUGCCCAGUUUCAUAAAAAAUCAACCAACCCACACUCAAAAUUCAGGAACUCUAAUCCAAGCAACAACCGCAGGGAUCCCAUUCAGACCACCUCAACCAACCAACGCACCAACUCCUUCCAGAAUUCCAACUCCUUCCACCCCAACAACUAUAGCAACCAACAGAGAGUCCAAUCCCAAUUAUGUGAUAAAUUUGUGCACAUCGCUAAAAAUCACAUAGUGUACUUGAGGCUCAAGCCAACUUCACCAACCACAUGUCGUAUGCAUCUAAUCCCGCAAACAAUUGGAUUGUUGACUCUGGAGCAUCACACCAUAUCACAAAUAAUUUACAAUCUCUACAAGCCGCAACAUAAUUCCAUGGCACUGAUGAAAUAG